AUGUGGCAAUUCCUAUUCAGUAUUUCAAUUGUGCUGGGCUUUCUUGGGCCUGCACUUCAGGACGUAGACAAGUGCAAAGAAUUGGAGUCCAGUGCUUUUGGUACCCAUAGAGACGGUUAUUGCUUAGAAUUACAACAUCAUGCCUGCUCUCUCAAUAUAACAGGACCUUUCAAAUCUUCCAUUUAUUUCCCAACAAGAGGAACAUGUAAACGAAAUGCCGAAGAUAAACUAUUAUGUUUUUGUAUGGAAAGAACUCAAUGUACUAAUCUUAUACUGGUAAAUCUGCUGAGGUCGCUACCGUCUGCUGAAAAUCAUAAACGUUGCCGGCAGGAAGUUACUAGAGCUGUUGAUGGUGCAUGGAAGAGAGUAACAAAAACUACGACUGUAUCUACAACCACUAGCACUCCUACUACUACAACUAGAACAAAAACUACCACUACCACUCCUACCACCACCACAACUACUACUCCUACUCCUACUACUAGUACUAGUACUACAACAACAACAACUACCACUACUACAACUACAACAACCAGAAGAACUACUACCCGUACAACCACUACUACAACUACAACAACAACAACCCCUACAACAAGAACGACAACAACUACCCCCACCACCACCACCAGGACUACCACUACUCCUACAACCACCAGAAGAACUACUACCCGUACCACCACUACUACUACCACUACUCCUAGAACCACCAGAAGAACUACUACCCGUCCCACCACUACUACUACCACAACUCCUAGAACCACCAGAAGAACUACUACCCGUCCCAUCACUACUACUACCACUACUCCUAGAACCACCAGAAGAACUACUACCCGUCCCACCACUACUACUACCACAACUCCUAGAACCACCAGAAGAACUACUACCCGUCCCACCACUACUACUACCACUACUCCUAGAACCACCAGAAGAACUACUACCCGUCCCACCACUGCUAUUACCACAACUCCUAGAACCACCAGAAGAACUACUACCCGUCCCACCACUACUACUACCACUACUCCUAGAACCACCAGAAGAACUACUACCCGUCCCACCACUAUCACUACCACUACUCCUAGAACCACCAGAAGAUCUACCCGUACUGCCACUACUACUACCACCACUCCUAAAACCACUACUAUUCCUACAACUAAAACAACAACUACAACUACUACUCCUACAACCAUUACUACAACUACAACCACUCCUUCAACCACAACUGCUAUCCCCAAAACAAGAACCAAAUCAACAACAACAUUUACUAGUACUACUACUACUACUAGAAAACCUAUCGCUACCCCUAUUCCUCCCUUAAUAACUACUAGAAAAACAACAUCAACAGUCUCGAAGGCUUCAGAAGAAGUGACAACAGACACAAGUAAAACUCCCAGAACAAUACCAGUUCUUGAGUCAAAAGAGGUAAUCAUUCAACGACAACGCAAAAAACUUUUGAAAGGAGUGACGUUCCAGAUGUUCCUUGUAUCUUUUAUAAUGACUAUUGUGUUAUUUCUUCAAUUGGUCGUCAUUAAUCGAAUGCGUUCUUAUCUACGUCAACGUUGCCGUCGUCCACCUUCCAAUAUGUAUUCUUCUGAAAUUAAAGAGAGAAAUUUGUUAAGAAGAGAUCCAAAAUCCUCCAAAUUUAAAUAUAACAAACAAAUGUGGAAAAGAACAUCGAAGGAUUUAUCAGGGAAGAGGAGAAAUCUAGAGAAUAAAAUGAAAUAUCGCCUUAAACAAGAAGUUGGUGAAAAGCAAUUAAUGGGAAAAUAUGGUAGUUCAGAAUCGGAUCAAAACGUCAAAAUAUUCCGAAUUGAGCCAAUCGGAACGGGAACGAGCACAAAAGACUCGCCAGAGUCUAGUCCAGUAAAAGCGGUAUCAAUCGCUCAGAAACCGAUCUAUCUACAGAUCAAGGAUUCGAGUGAUAUUGGUCGUUACAAGCGCAAUAUAUGA